AUCCAUGAUCUAGAUCUUAUAACUAUUGAAUCGAGGCUUCAUCUAACAUAAAAUAGGUCUAGAUCUAGAAUCUAGAAAUCUAGCCUACAAUGUCAGUAGCAUUAUAUGGUCGAUUUGGUACAGGGUUCAGACACCUCAUAAAAGUCAAAGAAAAGGCAGAGUGCUCUGGAUAUUUAAUUUACUCUUGCAAGGUGAAGGGCACAGUGGCACAUAAACAUUAUCUUUCGAGAUGUUCCCUUCAUAGAAACGGUGAUCUCAGCAUGGAGCAGUUGAGGCAGCUGCAUAUACACCACAGUAACAGGCUUACAAUAGCAGGCACUAAGUAUGUCCUACGCCCACUACUCAGACCCGAUGGAACAUUUAACACCAACAACAAACGACAGAUCACUAUGCUUGUAAGAGUUGUAGGAAGGCUAUUGAAAAUUAGAUAUUUGGUUCUAUUUGGUGGUGCUAGUGGAGGCUAUGCAGCUAGUCAGCAAGUCGAGAAGAUUAAAGGUUAUAUUCCUGAUACUGAAUGGAUGAAGGAUUAUAUACCUGAUAUGGAUAAGUUGAAAGAUUCCUUGCCUGACUGGAGAAGUUGGGAAAUUAGGGAACGCACAGCAUCAACAUACUGGGGUUUGAGAAACCAAGUGAAUGAAAUGUUACCAGAAAAAGGAUGGUUGAAAAGCAAAUUAGAACAUUUACCAAGAGUGCAGCCAAAGUUACUUGAAUGGAAAGAAAAGUUGAAAGCUGGACUUCCCUAUGACUUUUCUACUACCAUUAUUGAAGGGCUCCAGAGUGUCGGGGUGCUUACUAAUGCUCAUGCACAAGAAUCUGAUGCUGUUGCAUUUAAUUUGACCACUGCUAAAAGUGCUUUGGCCUCUGCUUCAGCAGAGAAAGUGGAGAAUCAAGAUAAAGAUGAUUCCAAUGCAAAGGAUGCUCCUAUUCCUGAGCUGCAGUCUUGUAUAAUUUGUGAAAAUGAAAAACUUUACACUGAAGCAGAAUAUACCCAGGAAGAGGAGUCAACAACUUACACUGAAGACUAUGAGGAAAUUUAUGGAGACCUUCCUCAGUUUAAUGAGAUGCCAAAAUUUGCUGGGGUUCCCAUUCAUAAAGUGGAAAAAGAUAUCUCCAAAUCCGAGGAGUCAAAGGUUGACAGCAUAUUAGAACCUGUUGAAAAAAAUGUUGAAAAGCCGCCAUAUCACUUUGAGGAGGAUCCUAGGGUGACUCGACAAAAAAUCCAAGAAGAGGUUAUGGACAUCCAGCUUCGCUAUCAAAAAGAGAUAGAGAGAUUAGAGAAAGACAAUAGAGAGUUGAGGAAGCAGCUGCUGCUUAGAGAUCAGAAAUUUGGGGGGAAAACAAGAGCUAUGAAGAAGUCUUUGAUUGACAUGUACUCUGAAGUGCUAGUUGAUAGUGAUGUUUUGUUUCAGAAGUCUUUGAUUGACAUGUACUCUGAAGUGUUAGACGAGCUAAACCAGUUUGAUUCCAGUUACAGCACACAAGAUAACUUACCUCGGGUUGUGGUAGUUGGAGACCAAAGUUCUGGUAAAACAAGUGUGCUGGAGAUGAUUGCACAAGCUAGGAUAUUCCCAAGAGGGUCAGGUCAAAUGAUGACAAGAUCACCAGUCAAAGUUACAUUAUCAGAAGGACCUUACCAUGUGGCACAGUUUAGAGAUAGUGCCAGGGAAUUUGACCUUACCAAGGAAUCAGAUUUGGCAGCAUUGCGGAAAGAGGUAGAGCUGCGCAUGAAGGCAAGUGUUCAAGCUGGCCAUACAGUCAGUAAUAAAUGUAUUUCCAUGAGCGUGAAAGGGCCUGGUCUCCAGAGAAUGGUGCUUGUUGACUUACCAGGCAUAAUAUCUACUGUAACAACAGAAAUGUCUCCAGACACAAGGGAUUCUAUAAAACAAAUGUGCAGGCAGUACAUGGAAAAUCCAAAUUCCAUCAUCUUAUGCAUCCAAGAUGGAUCAUUAGAUGCUGAACGCAGCAAUGUCACAGAUUUGGUUAGUUCCAUGGAUCCCACUGGGAAAAGAACUAUUUUUGUCUUGACCAAAGUGGAUCUGGCUGAAACAUCACUUUACGAUCCUGAAAGGAUUAAAAGUAUUCUGGAUGGUCGACUAUUUCCUAUGAAGGCGCUUGGAUACUUUGCUGUUAUUACAGGGAAAGGCAAUAACAAUGACAGUAUUAGUGCCAUCAAGCAAUAUGAAGAAACCUUUUUUAGGAAUUCAAAGCUCUUCAAAGAUGGCGUUCUGAAACCAACACAAAUGACAACGCAGAACCUGAGCUUAGCAGUGGCUGAAACAUUUUGGAAAAUGGUGAAAGAGACAGUUGAACAGCAAGCGGAUGCAUUUAAAGCCACAAGGUUUAACCUGGAGACUGAAUGGAAGAAUGCUUUCCCUAGGAUUAGAGAACUGGAUAGGGAAGAAUUAUUUGAAAAAUGUAAAGGAGAAAUUUUGGAUGAAAUCAUAAACCUGAGUCAGGUGACUCCUAAAGAAUGGGAAGGUGCUUUUUACAAAAAAUUGUGGGAGAAAACUGGAUCUUAUAUCAUUGAGAAUGUCUAUCUGCCUGCAGCACAAUCCAAAGAUACAGGAGCAUUUAAUACAGCUGUGGACAUCAAACUCAGACAAUGGGCAGACGUGCAAUUACCAAAGAAAUGUGUGGAGAUUGGUUGGGACACUCUCCAUGAACAGUUUACCAACCUCCUGGAGCAGAGCAAGAAAAGUAAAGACUAUGAUCAGGUGUUUGACAUGCUGAAGAGUGCUGUAGUUCAGAUGACCAAGACAAAACACGACUGGGAGAGUAAAGCAGAAGACAGUUUGAGAGUUAUGCAGCUGAACACUCUAGAAGACAGAUCUGUACAUGACAAAGAGCAGUGGGAUAAAGCAGCCAAGUUUAUGGAAGACACAAUGAAAGAAAGACUUGCUAUCACUGACAGUGAGCUAGAAGUCAUCACUGGACCAAAUCUAGUGAAACAAUGGGUGAAGUGGACCAAGCGUACCGAGGAACAUGUCAAAGCAUCAGCUGUGAAAACAGAGUUGGAGAAGCUACUUAAUGUUGACCCUACUCAUUCGUCCCAUCUAGCACCAGAUGAACUAACAACUGUGAGAAGAAAUCUGCUCAACCAAAGUUUUGAUGUUGAUGCAGACAAGAUUAGAGAAACUUGGUAUUAUGUUUAUAGAAAACAUUUCUACAAAAGGGCAGUGCAACAAGCUAUCGAUUGUAGAAAAGGGUUCUAUUACUACCAAAGAGGCUUUCAGGAUCAAGAGCUAAAUUGCAAUGCCGUAGUUCUGUUUUGGAGGCUACAAAGGAUGCUUCAAGUAACUAGUAAUGCUUUACGUCAGCAAGUUGUCAACAAUGAAGCUCGACGCUUAGAAAGAAUAACAAAAGAUGUCCUUGAUGAAAUCGGCGAUGACAAGAAGCUUUUAGAAAGUCUCCUGACUGGAAGAAGAGUUCUGUUAGCGGAAGAACUGAAAAAAGUCAGACAUAUUCAAGACAAACUAGAAGAAUUUAUCCAAGCUCUUAACAAAGAGAAAUAACAAUCAUUUUUUUGCAUUUAAGAUAAUGUACCAUUUUUGUGUUUCUACUGAGUGAAGUCAGAAACCAUUGUGAUAUAUACAUAUUGCGUCUGAAUGUCUUUUUCUUUAUUAUUUUUUUAGUCAAAUCCUGAAUCAUAGUUGCACUCAAUUGGUUACCUCUAGCUUCAUUUCAAUGAAUCCUCAGGACUGAAGGUGGACAAUUUUGUUAUGUCUGGUUUUUUUAUAUUUUGCCAUAGAAUAGUAUAUAUAAUUACAAUUUAUUAAUGCACUCAAGUAGAUUUGAGAUAUUUUAUAUGGAUUGUAUUAAGAGACCAGUGCAUAAUCUAAAUCCAGUUAGCAAAAUAUUAAACUUUUUUUUUUUUUUACUACUAAUAAAGUUAACUUCAAAUAGACUUUAAGUAGUAUCUGUAAAGUUAAGUUGGGAAAUAUUUUCUAAUACCAGAACUAACAGAUCACUAUUCUUCAACUAUAUUGUACCUUUCUAUUUCAAUGAGAUAUUUAUUUUGUUAACAAUUGUUUUAUUUUUACAAUAGUAUUUCUAUAAUUAUUUACUUGUACCAAUAUUUAUAAGAAAUUACAAAGUUAAUAAAUCUUCUCUCACAGUGAUAAUAAGAUGAUGUAGAAGUAUAUUUUAGAGCUGAACUAGAACUAUUUCGAUUGACUGGAUCAGUAGAUGUAUAAAUGUGUUUGGUUUUUACUGUUCCAUGCUCCUCUUUUAGUCAUUGUUGCCUUACAGGAAAUAAAAACUGCAGUUUCGCUUCAUAUCAUAAA